UUAGAAUCUUCCAUCGCAUCCACUUCCGUGUCUCUCUCAUUUGCAGCCAAGUAAAGCUCUGUAAUCUCUCUCUUUCUCUCUCUAGAACCUUGAGAGAGGGACGGUCGUCUUCCAUUGGUGCGUUCAGUAACAAGCUUCGUACCUGUUUCUGCAGAUUUUUUUGAUACUUUGUCCACCAAAAGUCUCCGUCGACUGUUCCGAAGCCUUGUUCUGCGUCACUCUCCAGUAGUUUCCAUUUCCAGUACGGUUUCAGUUGCAGUCUAGUUCUGUUCGUGGGUUUCUGCUGUAUUUUCCUGGAAAAUUUUUCGAAGGUUGACUUGGUUGAAUUCCACCAGAAAACUUUAGAUCUUCGAGCAACGUUUGUGCUUCUGCUUUGAGAAGUCUUCAAUCCAAUCAAUCAGUUCCUCUCGCUGUGAUUGCUUUUUCUCAAGUUCGCCGUCCGGCAAGAAUAAUGUUGGAUAAAAUGGAAGCAUUUGAUGGGGAGAAAGUGAUAGAGCAAUUCGAGGAGAUGACCAAGGAUGCAGAAAGAGUUCAGAGGGAGACUCUUGAGAAGAUUUUGGAGGAAAAUGGGUCGGCUGAGUACUUGCAGAGCUUGGGACUUAAUGGAAGAACUGAUCCUCAGAGCUUCAAGGACUGUGUCCCCCUUGUUACUCACAAUGAUUUGGAGCCAUAUAUUCAGAGAAUCGCGGAUGGCGCCACUUCCCCCAUUCUCACCGGCAAACCGAUCAAAACCAUUUCAUUGAGCUCUGGUACUACUCAGGGGAGGCCCAAGUUGAUUCCCUUCAACGAUGAACUCUUGGAGACGACAAUGCAAAUAUAUCGCACUUCUUUUGCCUUCAGAAACAAAGAAUUUCCCAUUAGGAAUGGAAAGGCCUUGCAGUUCAUCUACAGCAGCAAGCAGUUCAAAACCAAAGGGGGUCUGGCAGCUGGAACUGCAACAACAAAUGUUUACCGCAGUGCGAAGUUUAAGUGCACGAUGAAAGCGAUCCAGUCGCUGUGCUGUAGCCCGGACGAAGUCAUCUUUGGCCCCGACUUCCACCAGUCACUGUAUUGCCAUCUCUUGUGUGGGCUGAUCUUCCGCGAUGAAGUUGAGUUUGUGUUCUCCACAUUUGCACACAGCAUUGUCCAUGCUUUCAGGACUUUUGAGCUAGUCUGGGAAGAACUCUGCAGCAACAUUAGAGAUGGUGUUCUAUCUAGUUGGGUCACCGCCCCCACCAUUCGGGCAGCUAUGUCGAAAUUGCUUAGGCCAAAUCCUGAAUUGGCAGAUUUGAUCUAUCGAAAAUGCGCAGGGUUGAGUAACUGGUAUGGACUGAUACCGGAGCUCUUUCCUAACGCAAAGUACAUUUACGGGAUCAUGACCGGGUCGAUGGAGCCUUAUCUGAAGAAACUGAGGCACUACGCAGGUGAUCUGCUGCUGAUGAGUGCAGAUUAUGGUUCUUCAGAAGGAUGGGUUGGAGCAAAUGUUAACCCAAUGUUGCCCCCUGAAAUGGCCACCUUUGUGGUUCUUCCGAACAUCGGAUACUUCGAGUUCAUCCCAUUAAAGGAGAGUGCUGAAGAACAGAAGCAGAACGAAGAUGGAGCUUUGGUUGCAGCAGAGAACAAGCCAGUGGGUCUGACUGAAGUCAAGGUUGGUGAAGAGUACGAAAUUAUUGUCACCAAUGUCGCAGGGCUGUACCGUUACAGACUGGGGGAUGUGGUGAAGGUGAUGGGGUUCCAUAACGCGACCCCAGAGGUGAAAUUCGUGUGCAGGAGGAACCUUCUGCUUAGCAUCAACAUCGACAAGAACACGGAGAAGGACCUGCAGGUGGCGGUCGAGGCAGCCGGGAGCCUGCUGGCGGAGGAGAAGCUGGAGGUGGUGGACUUCACGAGCCAUGUCGACAUGUCGAGAGAGCCAGGGCACUACGUGAUAUUCUGGGAGACGAGCGGAGAGGCGAAGGGGGAGGUCCUGGGGGAGUGCUGCAACUGCCUGGACCGGGCGUUCCUGGACGCAGGGUACGUGAGCUCGAGGAAGGUGAAUGCCAUUGGAGCACUGGAGCUGAGGGUGGUCCGGAAGGGGACCUUUCACAAGAUCAUGGACCACUAUUUGUCGCUAGGGGCCGCUGUGAGCCAAUACAAAACACCCCGUUGUGUUAUCCCCACCAACACAACUGUGUUGCAGAUCUUGUGCGCCAAUGUCGUUAACUCCUAUUUCAGUACUGCCUAUUAGUUUUUCUUUUACUUCUCCCCACACCAUGUGCUCUCUCUCUCUUGUAUAAUGUAAUAUUCAAAUUCUAGUUAUAAGCUUUCCUUUUUCUACCUUUUAAAAAUCAACCCAAAUAUAGAAUCUUCACCGUCUAAUCUAAAUAGGGUUUAAAUAUCAUCAACAUGAACUUAGUUCAGCUGUAAUUGGCAUCUACCUUUGACCAUGAGCUCACGUGUUCGAAUCCUUCACUU